AUGGCCAUGGACGCUCUCAGAAAUUUGGCCAGCAAUAUCCCGGAUUGGCAAAGACGACUUGACGACUUGAAUGGCCAGAUCGAACGUCGCCAGGCGGAGCUCGCCGCUAUUGCUGGGACAAAUCCUUCUCCUACCGUUUCACCCCGUUCUCUCCGUAAUAAGGGCUCUUCAGAAUCGCUAAAGCCGAAAGAUGAUGGCCCAAUGCAUCCUGAUCUCGACUUGGCAGCGGCGCCUCGCCAAAAUCAUGCGAAACGAGACGCUCUUCGAACACCAUCAACACCAUUUGGAGAGGCCAAAGCUAUGCCAGCCUCGCCGCCAAGCCCUGACAGCGAGAGCCGUGCGGCAUUGCAUAGACAGGCCUGUGAAGCAGUCAACGCCCAUGCCCGAGCAUGUGCACAAACCAAAAAGAAGCAAAGGUCGUCGUUGGCCCCAUUUGCAGAAGGGGUUCCACCUACAUAUCGAACUCGCAGUAUGAUUAUAGUAUAUUAUGAUAGCUAUGUCCAAGGAUUUUUUGACGAGCUGGUGAGAUUCAUUUCCUCAAGCCGGAACUUGAUGCGCAAGGCAAAGAUGGCAGCCAAGGUGGCGCAAAUCAAGCGCAUGGCUGAGUUGGAAAUCGCAAACGACGCACAGCGUACCAGCGACGAAAGGUUUGCUGUUGAUGCAAUCCCGUCAUUGAGGUACAUGAACACUCGAAGAGUUGGCACUACGUCACAAGAACUCACUCCUGGAGAGGCUAGCCGUUCGGUUGGCCCUGGACAACCUGCCGACGUGUAUGACUCUCUGGACAAAAGCCUAGAGUUCGUGCAGAGCACGUGUGAACAUGGAGCUCACCAGUUCCUGAGGGAUGCCGACUGCUAUGACGAGAUUGAGAAGAUCCUAACGUGCCUAGCAGAGGUUUUGAAGGCGGCAAACCAGGAGAUUGACCGUGUGCAACGAGAGGACCCCGAGCUUGCCAAGGAAACGGGCGAAAUGGGCAAGGUACGCAUGCACCGGCCGAUUAGCGUGAGACGCGAUAUGGCGGCGGAACGCAAGGAUGAGAUUCUCGAAGAUGAAUGUUUAAUAUGGGAGAUACCCACAAUGCAAGAUGCCACGGCACCAGCAGAAAUGACGCUCGAGGUGGACACUAAUCUAGAAGAGGAGGAUACGGACAAUCUCCCCGUACUGCAGUAUCGAUCGACCAGAUUUAUGCGAAGCCAUGCCGUGUGA